UAUGCCUUGAACAGGCUAUUGGCCGUACGAUCUUCGGAAGGAAAAGUGUAGAAAAUGUAUGGAUUUUUGACAGUUUGGUUACUUGUAUCUGUGCAUAGCUUGGUACGUGGUGAAGAUGAGACCACCACCGCCACCACGAAUGCUACCAUUGAACCGUCUCAGCUGUAUCUGGAGGAUUGUAUCAAUGAAAGUAAAGCGAACAGAAUUGCUGUUAACAAACUGAAAUCAGGAGAUAGGCGAAAUGCAAAUGAUGCUUUGAAGAAGUGGGCGCUUUGUUACCUCGGGAAGCAGGGCGUGAUGUCGUCAGCCGGUGUUCUAAGCCAGGAUGUCGUUUUAAGAGAUAUUCCGAGCACUGAUAAAGACAAAGUUGAACAGAUUAUCGAUAAAUGUCUCUACAAGAAGGCACACGAUCCAGUUGAAACCGCCUGGCACUAUAUAACUUGCUUCCAUAAAAGGGGGUCGAAAUACGCGAAAAAAGCGAAUCGGUUAUAAUCCUUAGAUUAUUUUAUAUUUAUAGAUAGUUGGUCAGCACUACAAAAGAAGAAAGAAAGAAAACAAACGAUCCAACUUUAUUAUCUUGGUCAGCCUGAUAGCUACGUUUGACGAUCACCAAACAUCACGUAAUUAGUCGCCAACAGUUAGCCGUUAGUUUUUUCGACACGUACACAUUUAAAUAAUCAAAGAUUUAAUAAUAUACAUACAUAGCAAUAAUAACUUUUUUUAUUAUCUGCUUAGUUAAAUAAUUAA